CUGACCUCGUCACGUGAUCGUAGCAUCUGUCAGCAAACAGCUGAAGUGUUUUCUCGUCUUUACUCGGUGAAAUCGUGACAUUUGGAGCUCUGAGAUGGCCGGCCGCGGGAAACUGAUCGCCGUCAUAGGCGAUGAGGACACGUGCACCGGCUUCCUGCUCGGUGGGAUCGGCGAGCUCAACAAGAACCGGAAACCGAAUUUCCUGGUGGUGGAGAAGGACACGAGCAUCACGGAGAUCGAAGAGACCUUCAAGAGCUUCUUGGCUCGCAACGACAUCGGCAUCAUCCUCAUCAACCAGUUCAUCGCCGAGAUGAUCCGUCACGCGAUCGACGCCCACAUGCAGUCGAUCCCGGCAGUGUUGGAGAUCCCGUCCAAAGAGCAUCCGUACGACGCGUCCAAGGACUCCAUCCUGCGCCGCGCCAAGGGCAUGUUCUCCGCGGAGGACUUCCGAUAGACUCCGAACUGCCCCCAACACAAACACACUCUGUUUACACCUCGACGGAAACGUCCUCGACUUGUUGUUUGUCUGUACAGUGGUGGUGAAUUAACUGGAUCAAUAACUGAAUAUAUUGAUUUGUGCUGUGUUCCUCUUCACAUCUUAUUUCUCUCUUCAUUUCUGCCUCCUGGAAAUCGAAGUGAUUUUCAGGAAGUGGACGAUGUGUCAGCGUUCAUGUGACUGAGUCAUUUUUAGAGCUGAGUUUUUCCUUCCUGUCUGUUUGUUGUCUGUGUUCGUUCCACAUGUUUCAUAUUCAGCUCUAACAGAUGUGACAGAUGUUAGAAAAUAAAUUAAAUGUUGUGA